CACUUAAUGCUUAUCAGCUACUUUAAUGAGCUAAGUCAAACGAACGCUAAAGUGCAUGCUUAACUUUCAGGGGUAUGCACUUCUAGCAGUGCAAGCACAUUUCAGGCAAUUAAGACCCUUUCCUUGUAAGGAUGUACCCUUGAGCCAACUGAAUCAAUGCGAGUCUGCAAAUAAAGGCCAAUUGGCAAUCUUAUACGCGGGACUUUAUCUAGUUGCAAUAGGGACCGGUGGAGUUAAAGCAGCUACACCACCUUUAGGAGCUGAUCAAUAUGAUGAGAAGGACCCUAAAGAGGCUGCUAAAUUAUCAAGCUACUUCAAUUGGCUUAUGUUCUUCCUCACCACUGGCGCGUUGUUUGGUGUCACAUUUGUAGUUUGGAUAAGUGAGAAUCAGGGAUGGGAUUGGUCUUUUGCUGCCUGCAGUAUUGUUGUAGGAUUGGCGAUUCUGUUCCUAACUAUGGGGAAAUCAUUGUACAGAAACAAUGUCUCAAAUGGAAGCCCCAUUACGCGUAUUAUGCAGGUGUUUGUUGUAGCACUUAGAAACAGAAAUCUACCUUUGCCAGAGAAUGAACAUGAGAUUCAUGAUAAAGAAUCUAGAAACGAUACAGAGAUUCUUCGAAAAACUGACCAAUUCAGGUUUUUGGACCGAGCAACGAUAAUGAGGACUGACCAGAACACAUUCACAUCAAGUGCACAUGGACCAUGGAAACUUUGUACAGUAACACAAGUUGAAGAGACCAAAAUUGUAGUCAGAAUGCUCCCAAUUAUAUUGAGUACUGUUUUCAUGAACACUUGUUUGGCUCAGCUCCAAACUUUCACUAUCCAACAAAGCACAACAAUGGACAGAAAAAUCCACAAGUUUGAAGUUCCAGGGGCUUCAAUUCCAGCAAUUCCACUAUUAUUUAUGAUUAUCCUGAUUCCUAUCUAUGAACGCGUUUUCAUUCCAAUAGCAAGGAAAUUCACAGGAAUUCCAACAGGUAUUCGACAGCUGCAACGUAUAGGUGUUGGCCUAGUACUUUCAGCUAUGUCAAUGGCAGUAGCUGCAAUUGUAGAAAAACACCGGAAAACAGUUGCUAUUAAACACAACAUGGUUGAAUCCGCCACUCCAUUGCCAAUGAGUGUCUUUUGGCUAGGCUAUCAAUAUGCAAUCUUUGGUUUGGCUGAUAUGUUUACAUUUGUGGGAUUGAUGGAUUUCUUCUAUUCAGAAAGCUCAUCAAGCAUGAAAGCGCUAAGUACCGCGAUUUCUUGGUCUUCACUGGCAAUUGGAUACUACACAAGUUCAGUGGUGGUGAGUAUAGUGAACAAAGUAAGUGGUGGCUGGUUGGAUAAUAACAACUUGAACAAAGACAAGCUUGAUUACUUUUAUUGGUUGUUAGCAGGAUUGAGUGUGCUCAAUUUCGGGUUUUAUUUACUCUGUGCUUCAUGGUACAAAUACAAGAAGGUAGAUGUGAAUCCAGAAGAUGUUCUCCUUAGUAAGGAGGCCAAGGGGAAGAUUGAGACGAACAUAGUUUAGGAAUUGCUACAAAAUAGUGUUGAAUGUGAAAACUACGAAAAUGUCAAUAAACAUUAUUCCCUCUGUUUCAAUUUA